ACAGAACCGCCGUCAUUCAGGAGAAGAGAAACUGUUCAUGCGAUAUCGCUUGAGUAGGAUUGCUCAGACUUUGUUCCGAAAAUGCAGAUCAUCAACUCCCUCCUGGUCUUGGCGCUUUAUGCGGUUGGUAUCCAACAAGCACUAGCUGUGCCUGUUAACCCUGAGCCCGAAGCUGCCGGUGAGAGUAAUGCCGUCCUUGCAACUGGCAGCGGCGAUAGUCAAAGCGACCCCAUCAAGGCCAACCUGGAGAUCAAGGGCCAGAGUGCCCUGCCAUUUGACGUCGACUGCUGGGCUAUUCUCUGCAAGGGCGCCCCAAAUGUCUUACAGCGAGUGAAUGAAAAGACGAAGAAUGGUAACCGCGACCGGAGCGGCGCGAACAAAGGACCGUUCAAAGAUCCUGCGAAAUGGGGCAUCAAAGGCCUCCCAGCCAAGAAUCCAUCCUGGAGCACACAGGAAUUCAAGUCGCCUGAGGAGUAUGCGUUUGCGUCCUCUCUUCAGGGUGGAACUGGCGCCGUCCUCGCGCCUGUCAACCUCGCCGCUCAGAACUCUCAGGGUGGUAUUCUCAACGGAUUCUACUCAGCGAACAAAGUCAAGCAGUUUGAUCCCAGCAAGCCUAGCGAGACAAAAGGCACCUGGUUCCAGAUCACCAAAUUCACUGGCGCUGCGGGCCCUUAUUGCAAAGCUCUUGGGAACAAUGACAAAGCUGUUUGCGCUAAGAACCACAAUGCUGCAGGGGACUGGGGCUACGACCCGGCCAACUGGGCAUACACAUAUGACCAGAGCAACAACAAGUUUAAGUAUGUUGGUAAGUAG